GGAGGAGGAGAAGGAGAAGAAGAAGGAGGAGGAGGAGGAGGAGGAGAGGAGGAGGAGGAGGAGGAGGAGGAAACAAGCGGUCAAGGUCUUGGGGAAGACAGGAUAUUAAGUGCCCCAAAGGGACCAGGUGCCAAGAUACAGCACCGGAAGUACAAGAAGGCCAAAAGCCGGCAUGAAUUGUGCCUCCAAGAGCAACAAUCUGGAAAGCAAAGAGCCUUAUCAGACACCAGCACUCUCCGAACUGCAGAGACUGGUGUGGCGUAGAGGAGGAUCUGACAACCACGUGGACCAAGUGUGGCCAAACCUCUAUCUUGGAGAUGCGUGGGCAGCUAGAAGUAAGACCGUCCUUCUGGAUCUUGGCAUCACCCACAUCCUUAACGCAGCGGAUGGGCCCUACAAUAUCAACACAGGUGCUCGGUAUUACAAGGACCUGCCGGUUGAGUACUAUGGGGUGCAGGCCUUUGACGAUACCUCCUUUGAUAUCAGCAUCUUCUUCCGUGAUGCUGCCAAUUUCAUACACGAAGCCUUAAAGACUGGAGAAGGCAAAGUAUUUGUUCACUGCGCCAUGGGUUUGAGCCGCUCGGCAACUUUAGUGCUGGCUUACUUGAUGAUCCAUGAAAACUUGACGCUGGUGGACGCCUUGAGAUCGGUAGAUUUACACCGAGGCAUUUGCCCGAACACGGGCUUCCUGAGUCAGCUCCGGGCCUUGGACAUUAGCUUGAAUAAGGAACAGAAAAGUUUGUCAGGACUGUGAGAAAGAGAUGGUGAUGCAACGUUGCAAGGACAGUGACAUGGAUCAAAGCAUGCAACGUAAUGUUUAGCAGUUUAUUUUGUGUUUCAUAUUAGUUCCAGGAUACUAGAAACUGGAGCAGUUCCCGUCCAGGUUUUAUUAAUGUCUCCGGCUAAACUGGCUAAUGCAGGGGUCAGCAACCUUUACCACCCAAAGAGUCAUCUGGACCCGUUUUCCACA